GUCAGAUUGACACAAUUGUGGCCUGAAGAAAAUUUUCAAGUUCGAAGAAAUCAAUGAUUAGAGAGUGUUGUCAAGAAAAGGAAUAUCAGUAGCAUUGAACGUUUGUGGACUUAUCAUAUAUUGGAUAAAAUGUUGUCCUUCAAACCAAAGUUUUUGAAACCAGGAGAAGAACUUUUGGCACUUGAAGAAGAAAGAAGUUCUAUUGUAGACUUAGAUCACUCUAAAGUAAUUUUCAAUCCCAAUUCUUCCCUCUCUAUUGAACAACAACGACAACAACUUCCCAUUUUUCAGUAUAGAAACCACAUAUUAUAUCUGUUGGAAUGUUUCCAAACGGUGGUUAUUGUAGGAGAAACAAGUUGUGGAAAGAGCACUCAAAUUCCACAGUACCUGUUGGAAGCUGGGUGGUCCAGUAAUGGAAAACAGAUUGGCGUAACAGAACCACGUCGUUUAUCAGCAACUACACUUUCUAACAGAGUGGCUGAAGAAAAAGGAGUUAUUUGUGGCCAAGAGGUUGGAUUCAGUAUCAGAUUCAGUGAAUGCUUUGAUCCUAAUGUCACAAAAAUUAAG